AUGCAGGCGUUCCAGGAGGCUAUGCAGAUGGACUCGUGGUCGAGGAACUGGUCUUCGGCGUAUGGGUCCGACGAGGAGGACGAGGCGGUGGAGGCGGCGACCGAGGAGGCUCUGGCGGCGCUGUACAGCGAACUGGAGACAGUCGCCGAGCCGGCGGGACGGGCAGAACUUCUAGCUGCACAUUACGGGCUGGCAGUGAGCAUGGUGGGUGAAGCAGCGGCUCUCCCGUCGGCAGAGGUGGUGGUUGUCGGUCGCGGCGGACUCGGGCUAGCGGCGCUGGCGACGCUGCCGCAUACAACGCUGGCGGUGGUGCAUGGGGCAAAGUGCGAGGUUGCGAUGGAGAGCGCGCUGGAGGCACAAAGCAUGCUCACGACCGAGGUGAGCGAGAAGAGCGGGCUGCUGGCGGUUAUGGUCGGGCUCGAGGGCGGCGCGGUCGGUGUGAUCGUGGCGCGGGCGACCGACGAGGCGCUCCUUGCGCCGCUGGCACACGUUGUUGUCGAGGCGCUUGCACCCAGUCGGCUAGUGGUGCUUGAGACGGUGUCGGAGCGGGCGUAUGUGGAGCCGUCGCCUCGCUGGAGAGAGCAGCCGAACGCGGCGGCCGGGCGGGUGUAUGCCCUCGAGGCGCCGCCGGCGCUGGCAGGGUCAGACUCGGCGGAGCUCGCGCACCUCACCACCUUUGACGUGCCGAACCUGCUCUCGGGCGCAGCAGCGGCGUUUGCUGAUCGGGCGCUCAAGGGACACAUCCCGAUGGGCGUCUAUGUUUCUGUCCAUCCAACCCACGCAGUUGAGUCGGACUCGGUGGUGGUCUUUGACGCCGUUCUUGGAGCUGUGGGCAUCGCCAUCCCCAUUCAGUCGCGCCAAGCCGAGAUGGCGCACAUCCUGAAGUCUGCUGGCCGCGAUGAGGGUCGCCAGCAUGUAUUCAUGAACCGUGGCCAGAAGAAGCCCAAGCGGCGCCGAAAGAAGGCCAAAGUCGUGUACACUAUUCCGCAGCGGACGCCGUUCCAGCAGGUGACCGACGAGGUGAAACGGGCGCGCAAGUUUGGGUACGACGCGCUGGAGCUGUCGGGGUUUGGGCUGGACACGAUGCCUGCGGCGAUUAUUGAGCUCGGUCACAAGCUCAAGGCGCUUGAUGCAUCGGUGAACAUGCUGACGGAGUUGCCGCCCGAGUUGAGCUCGUUUGUGGCGCUCGAGGAACUCAAUCUGGUGGGCAACGCCUUGGUCGAGGUGCCCGAGGCGAUCAUGGCGCUCAAGUCGCUGCGGUGGCUGUAUCUCGCCGGCAACAGCAUCUCGCGGCUGGACGCGGGACUGUUUACCUGCAAUCAGCUGACACGGCUGAUGCUGGCCCAGAACGAGCUGACCGAACUCCCUGACGCGAUCGGCAAGCUGACGAACCUGCAGCUUCUUGAUGUGUCGCAGAACCGGCUGACCACCCUCCCGGCGACGGUGGGAAAGCUCGCAUCGCUCCAUGAGCUGGACAUCUCGCAUAAUCAGUUGACGACGCUGCCUGUCGACCUCGCGGCUUUGCCGUUCCUCCACCGAGUCGAAGUGUACGGCAACCCGCUCAACCCGCUGUACCUCCCCAAGGAGCUCGGCAAGUUUCUCGAAACAGGUGGCGCCGACAAGAGCCUCGACCUCGAUGCCGAUGUUGAAAUCGGAGUCGAGUUCGCCACCGAGGCUGACAAGACAGCCGGUGGGGGCUCGGGCGAGGGCUCAGGUAGCGGCAGCGGCGGCGACGAGUGA